UUUGCCGUUCUACGACUCGACGGCCCUGCAUUCGCUCGUCGGUGUGUGGUUGUACUUCUAGAAUCUCCACUCAGCCUACUACUCCCUGAGUGACUGAGUCCCUAUUAAUCCCUCCCCUACCUCUCUCUCUGGUCACAGCACUGAAACCCCGGCCAUUUCUACAACGUCCCAUUUACGCACCUCCAUCCGCUCCCAUCCCAUCCCCUCUCCAUCGUGUGUCUCACUCGGUGGUUGAAUUGCCCGUCGUCUCAGGCUCUCCAGUCCUCUACUUUCUCUGCGUUCUCUGCGGUGGUUGAUGCACGCCCUGCCCAACUGUGUGCCGGCCCCUUCAGUCAUUUCCAGCACAUUUGCCCGUACACUCUAUUCACUGGACUUGCCUGGUCUCGUUGCUGGAAUCUGGCGACUGUUUCUCCGACUCCACCUCCCUCCAGCCUAGGACUUGACUUCGUAUACACAAAGUGGCCUGUGUACUCACGGGAGCAUCGAGCAUCGAGCAUUGAGCAUCAAGCAUUGAGCAUCAAGCAUCAAGCAUCAAGCGUCAAGCGUCCUGCAUCCUCGUUCGAUAUUGAGGUGUAAGGUGUAGGGUCUCUUUGUUAACCUCAGCAACAAAGAAGUCAGACUGGUUCUCAGCUUAGCCUAGCAGACACGGAAAGGCUGCACUACGCGGCUUAGACAAGGCCAGACUACUACUCUCCCUACUACUACUAGCUCUUUUCUUGUAGAGGUAGGCUGCCAAUACCAUCUAGUCUCGUCCUCCAAAAGACAUUGGCUGCGAUUGAAUGCCCAAUUCUAAUUCCCUUAGCAUCCAUCUGCGAGUAGAGUACCUAGGUAUUCAUUUCCACAACAUUCUUCCUAGCGGGACCUAGGGCCCGUUUAUCAUCAUUCACAUCCACCUCCACCCACCUCCACCCACCUCCACCCACAUCCACACGUACCGUCCCCAUCGUGGCUCGUGGCUCAACUCGCUCCGCUAGCACAAGCACUCACUUGCCCUCCUCCUCCCACUCCACCUUAUCUUCCGUCCCUGGUCGAGACUAGUCCUAGUCCUGGUCAGCGGCCUACUAGCACUACACUAGCCUAGCCCUUCCAUAAAACCUCUGUCUUCCAGGUUCAGGCCCAAGAAAUAGAUGGCUACUGCAGCUCAACCUCCUCCAGCAACAGUUCAUGAUAAUCUUCAAAAACCCACCACUGCCACUAUCUCUGCCUCUGCCACAACUAACUCCCCAAACCCUGUGAUUUCCAAUUCUCCCCCAGAUCCGACUGCCACUACCAGUUCCUCCCGUUCUCCGCCAUACCCAUACCCUCACUCAUACCCUCAUCCUCACCCUCACCCCCAAACCAAACCCGAAGAAAGCCAAACCCAACCUCCAUCCCAGUCUGCCCUCACCACCGAUACCCUCACCUUCACCCCAACCCAAGCACAAACUCAAACCUUAUCCUCCACCCAUUCUCAUUUGACGACCGACGUCUUAGACCAGUCGUCACUUCCCACACAAACAACGACACCCGCUGUCUCCCUCGCCCCGUCUCCCAAUACAGUAAAAGCACUACGCGCAAAUUACAAACAUCGACAGUCGGUCCUGUCAACCACCUCUCCUAAAAAAAACCGAUCCUCACUUUUCAAUCUGGCUGCGACAUUGGCUCGCGACAAGACCAACAACGCCAUUGCUAGUCUCUCCAAACCUUCCAUCUUGGGGGACCGCAAGUCGUCAAGUAGUUUAUAUCUCUCGGCCCAAAACCUAUCGACCUCAUCUUUGACGCACCCCUCCAUUCCUAUAUCAGAUACCAUUGAGUCCCUCGCAACCGACCCGCGUCCAUCCCCUCACCCGCACCCAACCUCAAUCCAGCAGCAGCAGAGCCUGCUUGAGACAAAUCCGCCGUCCCAGGCGUAUUCACAUACAUCCACCGACACUCCUGCAUCGAUUGCAUUUGUGCCGGCGGCAAACUCCAACAAGAUGCAUCAAACCUCAUCGCGCUUAUUGCGCAUGACCUCUGAUGAUCGGCCAUUUACACGGGUAAGAUGUGAUCCGAUCUGCUGUUGUGGGGUUGCGAGGCUAACAUGUAGCACAAGGACUUCAAAGAUCUCUUCGCAACAUUGGUUGUUAGCCUUCCUCUCGCACCACAUCGCGUACGUUUGACAAGAGUGGAGCAUUCCUUUCUCUCAGAAGAGGCGAUCAACAACCUUGGUUCCUUGAAAUUCUCGCAAUCCAAUCGGAUGCCUGACCCCAAAGACCCCUCCCGAAUUGUAACCACCACCACCACGACCACCUUUUCCAUGGCAAGAGAAAUGGCUCGAUCUGUCUGCCAACGUUUCCUGGAGGCAAGAUUCAUUGAAUCCGCUGAUGGCAAGCAAGCGAAGGAGUUUACCAUGAAAGGCUCAGUCUGGCAGAUGACACCUAAGGGCAUACACGUUUUGGAGAGAUUUUGUUCCAAGAAUGGCAUUCAGCAAAAGCAUGUGACUGAACUUGUCAACUCAACCAGAAACACCAUGCAACUUGUCAUUCUGGAGAGAGAUUCUACGACUGAUAAAUUGUCAUCCGACAGAAGUACCAUUGAGGUGAUUUUCCGUCGAUUUGUCGGGUCAAAUGGAUUCAAUGUAAAGAGUAGCACCAGUUCAGCUGAUUCCGAUUCACUGAGUGACUACAAAGAUGGACUUCAAGGAGUGAGAAUGGCCGCUGACCGUAAGGUUGGCACACAGGUUUUGAAGCUCACAUUCACAGGAAAGGCUGCUACAGACUGGUUGAUGGAUUGCUGUACAACAGUAGACCGACGAGAAACUAUUGAAAUAGCAACGUUGUUUGUGGCACAUGAUCUAAUUUGGUGUGUUCAAACUGACAAGACCCUAUCACCACAAGAGAAAGAGAAGGACCACAAAUUUCAAGCCACCAAAAGUGCCAUCUACCAAAUCACCGAGAAGGGCAAGGAGGUUCUGAGCAUGACUCCCAGUCAUCGUGCAUCAGAAAGUGCUGUUGAAGUUGGUGCUCCUGUCACACGUCCUGGUGUUUCUCGGGAUUCAAACACACAAAAGCUGGAUAAGAUUCUAAACGAUGCGGCAUUGAGAUUGUUGUUUCGAGAAAAUUUGCGCGAUACUCAUUGUGAAGAGAACCUGUCCUUUUACGUUGAUGUUGAUGAGUUUCUCAACCAUUGUCGAAAUGCUAUCAAACAAAGCACAAGAGUUGGCAAAGGCACAAAUUUGGAUUCAGUCAAGGAGACCAUGGCAUCUGCUUAUGGAAUCUACAAUGCAUUCUUGGCUCCAGGCUCACCAUGUGAACUGAAUAUCGACCAUCUGCUUCGAAACCAGUUGGCUACACGAAUGACGAAGGCAGUAGGACAGGAUGUACAGAUGAUUGAAAGUCUCAAGGAGGUCACUAAGUUAUUUGAGGAGGCACAAAUUUCUGUUUUCAAGCUCAUGGCGAGUGUAAGUCAAGACACGUUAUCCAUGCUACUGAUGAUUUCUAAUUCUUUCAAUAGGACUCCGUUCCAAAAUUCAUGAAGAGUACCAAGUACGAACAAACGCUCAAGAACUAUGAUUUCGACUCUCUCACCAGCAGAUUCCACAAUAGCAUGAACCUUCCAGAACGAAGCAUGAGCCGAUCCACCCGAUCAAGCUGAUUCGACCCGGCAUACACCUUUCACAAUUCCCUUUCUCUUUUCAUUCAUCCAUGAAUCUUUUAGACGAAUUGUACGUCAAUCUCAAUUACUGGUGGGUAUCCCAGAUUUCUGGGGACUGGCGGUAAAUGGAGACCUUGUGUUUUAGCGACUGCAUAGAUUCCCCCACAUCAUUUCGGCAUUCAGACUUCAGCGACUUAAUGACUUCAAUGUCCAUAGCUGGGGCUUGAUACCUUGCAUUUUGGCGGUUUGAUACGGUCAACUCGUUUGCCCUGUACAUUGCAUUUUUGGCGUUGUGGACUUCAUAUGGGAUAGAAAGAGAUACCGCUUCAUUUGCGGAGUUCCUACAAUUGCCAGGGAAUAUGAGGACGAAAAGGGCCAGGGACGUUGUCCGCCUACGAUGGAAAUGGAAAAAAAUGAAGCUGUGCUUGUGCGAAGAAUCCACGUGUGUAAUUAGAAACAAACCAUGCUCUAUAGGAGAGAAAAAAAUGAAAUAAUUGCACUCGUUAGCCC